AUGGACACAUCGGUGGGACUGUCUUCAAUAGCGACCUUAUCUUUGGGUCUGUCCAUGUCCAUGGCAGGUGCAGGGCGCGUGGUCAUCAGGUCCCUGCAGAACCCCAACAUACACAACGGCAUGACGGAUAGAAGGCAGUCCUCUCUCCAACAAUUCUUCACAAAGAUACCGGUCAUGUUGGAACCACCUACUAACAACUUAAACAGCCUGGCCGCAUCAUCUGCUCCUUGCGAAACUGAAAAUAAAACGAAGGGUAGAAAAGAAGUGAAAAAUUCAGACGAAGCAGUGAUAGGAAAUUCGUUUCAAUAUUUAAUUAACGUGGCCCAAUCUCUAGUUUUUAAAAUAACAAUGAUAAAAAUCGUGCCAAAAAUAUUUCUCGUAAUUAUUUCCAAGCAUGCCGUGGUAAUUGGAAAUUCAAAACCACGUUCGACAGUGAAUGGAGAAGAAAAUAUUUCUUCAAAACUCAAUGCAUACUUUUAUUUAUUUUACGCGAUAUUCAAGCACAAGCAAACAAACUUUGCAAGAAAAAUUUUGUUCAAGUGCAAGAAUACAACGAGGAAACGUUCUCAGAGCUACAAAGAACUUCAACGACAUACCAACCAGCACUGUCAACUUAACAGCAGCAUCCACCACUACGACAAACACUUGCACAACCAUUCCAAACUAUCAGAUUCGAAGACUGCAACGACUUCAUCAUCCUCCAGAGAGCAGUCUCCUGCUCCGUUCACCAGAGCUUCAAGUCUCGACAGUCACAUGUUGAAAGUAGUGGCGCAGUGUUACACCAAGGAUGAUGACGACCGGUAUGCAGACCAACAUUUAAUCCGCGGUCAUAAUCGGUCGACAAAUGGACAGUACUCUGAUGUUAUUACGGCCUUGAAGGAGGGAAUAGAUGGAAAACUGAUAGAGACGGUUUUGAAAGAGGAAGAUGAACAGGAUCGAACGCAGUCUCCGCACAGAAGAAAUUCGUUAUUUGUAACGAGUUCAUCAAAUAAAGUCGGAGGAAAACCUCAGUUAUCAAGGGCCAAUACAGAUGAAAGCAAUAAUUUUAUAGCCAUUCCAGACGUCAUAAUACACGCAGCCGAAGCCUGGGCCGCUAGUGACUGCUCGGAUUCCGGUGGCAACGACACAAACGAAGUCCACAAAAAACAAUUAGCAAGUUCUGGAAAUCCACCAUCAGAAAGUAUGUCACUGCCCCAGUUAGCACUGAGAAAUAGCUUGGAUAAUUCGACUUCACUGUUUCACGAUUACUUUCUCAACAUCAAAAGCGAAAUCAGUUCGGCUUGCAGUUCAGACUCUAAAUGUUCAUUUACUUUAGGUAAUAAUAACAAGACUUUAUGUGAUAACAGUAAAGAGAGUAUCGCCAUUUGUAGAAACGACAAUAAAACCCAAAACUAUGAAGAAACAAACAAAACCGACAAUAAUGUUAAAAACACUAGAAAUAUAUAUCAAGCCUCCACUCAAACAGUCAAAUCUUUAAAAUAUGCCAUUCCGGCAAAGCUCCCUUCCUUCACAUCGUCACUGCUGCCCACCGUCAACAACAACCAUCUGACUUCUACGUCAAACACUCUCAUGAAUAAAGUCUUAAAAAAUGAACAAGCUGCCGAUGAAUCACCGUCUACAAGUGAUUGUAACAAGUUGACCGUGCGAACGGUAGAAAAAAUGACGAGUGAUUUAGAAAUCUACAAUUUUCCGGUGAGCAUUGUCUCUGAGGAAAAUAAAGUUUCAAAACCAGUGAAAAAUUUUUCAGCAGCUUUCUAUCCGUCCGAAUUUUUUCAACCAACAUUACAACGCAAUUUCCACCAGAAACAUCAUCAUCAUCAAUAUUACAAUCAUAAAGAUCAGUGCUUCCAACAAGGUAAGCGUGAUCAAAUGAUUAUGCAAUUCGAUCGAAGUCCUGGUUUCAGAAGAAGGGUCUCAAUGGAUAUAUGUCAGACAUCUUCCAGAGGUUCCGCUCCUAAAAAUUACAACAAAAAUUACACUUUCAAUAUUUCCAAAGAUAAAGCUAAAGAUAUCUCGCAAGAAAAAUUUGUGACAGGUGAUGAUGAAAUGCAGCCAAAAAAAAUGUUUUUGUCGGAUGAAGCUAAGUGUUCUGAAACGGUGAAAGAAGUAGAAGAAAUACCGUUACGAUCGAUACAUCCGACUAUUCAUUCUGAAACUUACCUAGCGACAGUUUUAAACCAGGGAUUUGAUUCUGAAUAUGCGCAACCUUUCAACACUUCAUCUAGUAAAAAAAUUUCAAAAGUUGACAAAAACACUAUGACGCAAUUUCAAAGUACUUUGGAUCACUUUUUGUCAAACAAAGAUCCCAAAAAAGUCAAACGUUCAUAUAAGCACCACAAACACCCCUGCUCCGUUAAAUUAAAAACCAAACCAAAACGUGCACACGUUGACAGAACGAAUCAUGAUGAUUUGAAGCAAAGCGAAUAUCAAUCAACUAAGCAUGAUGACGAUGAUUCCACCUUGUGCCGCAGAAAUGACACCGAUAGAAGAAGAGCGCACAAAUUUGAUGCAAGAUACAGCAAUUCAAAAAGUCAGGAUUUUUUGUCCUCUUCGCCGACCAGCGUUGGAUCUGAAGUUUUCUUGCUACCGAGGGAAAGCAAAAGAAGGCGGAGUCUGCACAUGCCAUUCAAAAUGUCUGCUGUGAGAGCGACUCGUGUUAGUAAUUUCGUUUUGUUUAUUGAAUAA